UAAAAAGCUUGAGCGAGGAACAAACAGCCCGGAGGAAUCUAUUAAUAAAAUCCCGUUUUAUGCCUGGAAGGUGUUAACUUUCACCGAUGGAACCAGGGCUGAAGCUCACAACGUAAGCACAACUAUCCCUCCUCCCAACCUGGGCACCGGAUUCGAAAUCGCCUUUAAGAGUCAUCCCAGGGUAAAGGUGAGGAAGAACGAGGAAAGAAGAGCAAAGGGACCCAGCUGACGAGACGGCGCUGGGACACCACAGGUCAAAACUCCUCCUCCGAGCUCCUUCUCCCGCACCCCUGGUGCCUAAAAGAGCUUGGUGGCGCCGGCGAGGGCGGAGGCCAGGCAGGCGAAUUGCCGCCAUGCAGACCCCGAGGCGAGGGCGAGGGGCUCAGAGUUGCCCUCGCAGCGCCCCUUCGUCGAUGCUGCGGCUCCUAGUCGGGGCCGUCUGCUUUUGCGCCGCGCUCUCGGUUGCCGCCGGCUCCUUCGAGCUCACCAUUCUGCAUACCAAUGACGUCCACGCCCGCGUAGAGCAAACGAGCCGAGACUCGGGCAAAUGCACCGGGCAGGACUGCUACGGGGGCGUCGCGCGCAGGGCCACCAAGAUCCAGGAGAUCCGCGCCAAGCAUCGCAACGUGCUGCUCCUGGACGCCGGGGAUCAGUACCAGGGCACCAUCUGGUUCAACUACUUCAAAGGGCGCGAAGUGGUUCACUUCAUGAAGAGCCUGCGCUACGACGCGAUGGCUCUAGGAAAUCAUGAAUUUGAUAAUGGUUUGGAUGGAUUAUUGGAUCCCCUCCUUAAACAUGUAAAUUUUCCUAUACUGAGUGCAAAUAUUAAACCGAAAGGGCCAGUAGCAAGUAAUAUUUCAGGAUACAUCCUUCCUUAUAAAAUAAUAACUGUUGGUUCAGAAAAAGUGGGAAUUAUUGGUUAUACUACAAAGGAGACACCUGUUCUUUCAAAUCCAGGACCAUAUUUAGAGUUUCAAGAUGAAGUUGAAGAAUUGCAAAAACACGCAAACAAACUUACUACGUUGGGUGUCAACAAAAUCAUUGCACUUGGUCACUCUGGUUUUAAGGAGGACCGACGCAUUGCUCAGAAAGUUAAAGGUGUAGAUGUUGUCGUUGGGGGACAUACAAACACAUUUCUUUAUACAGGAAGUCCCCCUUCCAAUGAAGUGGCAGCUGGUAAUUACCCAUUUAUGGAGUUAUCUGAUGAUGGACGUCAAGUGCCUGUUGUUCAGGCAUAUGCCUUUGGAAAAUAUCUCGGCUGUUUGAAUGUCGAAUUUGAUGAUAAAGGAAAUGUAAUCAAAGCAUAUGGAAAUCCCAUUUUAUUGAAUAAAGAUAUUCCUGAAGAUCCAGCUGUGAAAGCAGAAGUUGACAAAAUGAAGGUUCAGCUACAGAAUUAUUCUUCGCAACAAAUAGGGAAAACAAUUGUUUACCUAAAUGGUACGACGCAUGCCUGCCGCUUUCACGAGUGCAAUUUAGGAAAUUUAAUUUGUGACGCUGUGGUUUACAAUAACCUGAGACAUCCAGAUGAUGAGGGGUGGAAUCAUGUUUCUAUGUGCAUCGUAAAUGGUGGAGGAAUACGGUCACCUAUUGAUGAACAAGCCAAUAAUGGCAUUAUUACCUUGGAGGAACUGACAGCAGUACUGCCAUUUGGAGGAACUUUCGACUUGCUGGAGAUCAAAGGUUCUGCUCUAAGACAAGCGUUUGAGCACAGUGUUCACCGACACGGGCAAGGAACGGGUGAAUUGCUACAGGUCUCAGGCAUAAAAGUGGUGUAUGAUCUCUCCCGAAAGACAGGGAGCAGGGUGAUCAGCUUAAAUGUUCUUUGCACAGAGUGCAGAGUACCAACUUACGUGCCACUUAAGAUGAAAAAGACCUACAAAGUGCUUUUACCUUCUUUCCUUGCCACUGGCGGUGAUGGAUAUUACAUGCUAAAGGGAGACUCAAGUAACCACAGCAGUGGUGAUCUUGAUAUUUCCAUUGUCGGUGACUACAUCAAAAGAAUGGGAAAGGUUUUUCCAGCAGUGGAAGGUCGCUUGAUGUUUUCGGCUGGGACUUUAUUCCAAGCACAUCUUUUUUUGACCUGGGGAUUAUGCAUUUCACUUUUAUAUUUCUUUCUUUAAUUUCAAACUUAUUUCAGACUCUUUGGUCAACACUUAGUUCAUGCACUCUCAGAAGCCAGCAUGUAAAUUCUUAAUAACCCUUGGAGUGGCAGGAAUCCUUUGAAGUUUACUAAAUACAAUAUGUAUAUGAUUUAUGUAUAUAAUGUGUAUAUAUGUAGCAUCUUUGAUUUUUUUAAAAAGCAAUUUAAAUGAUCCAAUAAGGCAAAUGAUUAUCAUCUGGGGGACAUUCACAAAUGGUAGAAAUAUAAAUUGCAGAUCUACAUUUGCAUCCGAAUAACAGCACAAUGCAUGGUUGAAGAAUUCCAACCAAGUUACUCAUAAAAAGUGGCCAGUGACAGUAAAUGGUGUUAUGCAACAAUUUCUGUAAAAUCUGUUUAAUAAAAAGAGCAUUCUUUCA